CGGCUUCCAUCACCCGCAGGACAUCCAAGAUGCGCACUACCGCAUUCGCUCUCGCCGCGCUCGCCGCCGUCGCCUCGGCCUCGUCCGACGUGGCCGACCUCACCAAGGACUCGUUCCCGGCGUUCGUCCAGGGCGACUCGCCUUCGCUGGUCGAGUUCUUUGCUCCCUGGUGCGGUCAUUGCAAGGCCCUUGCCCCGCAUUACGAGGAGGCGGCGACGAUUCUCAAGAAGGACAAGAUCAACAUCGCCAAGGUCGACUGCACCGUCGAGACCGAGCUGUGCUCGUCCCAGGGCGUCAACGGCUACCCGACGCUCAAGGUGUUCCGCAAGGGCGUCGCGUCCGACUACUCGGGCACGCGCAAGACGGACGGCAUCGUGUCGUACAUGAAGAAGCAGGCGCUCCCGGCCGUGUCCGAGGUGACGGCCGCCAACCACGACGAGUUCAAGACGGCCGACAAGGUCGUCCUCGUCGCCUACGCCGACGCGUCCGACUCGAAGACGCAGAAGACGUUCAAGGAGUUUGCCGACGUGUACCGCGACGAUUACCUGUUUGGCCUGUCGACCGACGCGGCCGCCAUCGCCGCCGCCGGCGUCACCCCGCCCGCCGUCGUCAUGUACAAGUCGUUCGACGAGGGCCGCAACGAGCUCGAGGGCGACAUCACCGACGACUCGCUCUUCCUGUUUGCCAAGGAGCACUCGGUCCCGCUCCUCGACGAGAUCUCGCCCGACAACUUUGCCACGUACGCCGAGGCCGGCCUCCCGCUCGCCUACAUCUUUAUCCCCUCGACCGACGCCAAGCGCGACGAGGUCGUCAAGGCCGUCGAGCCCGUCGCUCGCGAGCACAAGGGCAAGAUCAACUUUGUCUGGAUCGACGCCAACAAGAUCUCACAGUUUGCCGACCACGCCAAGUCGCUCAACCUCCAGGAGCCGACCUGGCCCGCGUUCGCGAUCCAGAACAUCCAGGAGAUGACCAAGUACCCGCUCGACCAGUCCAAGCCCGUCGACCACGACACGGUCGCGGCCUUUGUCAAGGACUUUGUCGCCGGCAACAUCAAGGCCUCGAUCAAGUCGCAGAAGGCGCCCGCCCAGGACGAGCCCGUCUUUGUCCUCGUCGCCGACGAGUUUGACGACGUCGUUGCCGAGGACAAGGACCUCCUCGUCGAGUUCUACGCGCCGUGGUGCGGCCACUGCAAGAAGCUCAAGCCGACCUGGGACACGCUCGGCGAGCGCUACGCCAACGUCAAGUCGAAGCUCACGGUCGCCAAGUUUGACGCGACCGAGAACGACGUGCCGCCCUCGGCCGGGUUCCGCGUCGCGGGCUUCCCGACCAUUAAGUUCAAGGCGGCCGGCUCGAGCGAGUGGAUCAGCUACGAGGGCGACCGCUCGCUCGACUCGCUCGUCGAGUUCCUCGAGGCCAACGCGACCAACGACAUCAACGAGCCGGACAGCGUCGAGGCCGAGCUCGACGGCGAGACCGAGGUCAAGUCGGGCCGCCACGACGAGCUUUAAACGGCUUCGUUGCUACGUCAUCGUCCCUGAGGAGAAGAGCGCGCACAGGAGGUCGUAGAGCGCGCACCGUCGGGUCGUCGUCGUCGGACCCACCCCACCCCCCAUCUCCUCCUCCCCGCAUCUCCUUCUCUCGCUCCCUCCCUUUCUCUCCCUCUUGCCCUCGCUGUCUGUCUCUCUCUCUCUCUACCCCCUCGCAUCACAAAGUCCUGGCUGUCGAAAAUAGGUCGUUCCCGCUCUU